GGCCCCCACGGGCACGGGGGUGGCAGGACUGGGGGUGACGGGCAGGGCGGCUGGGAGAGGCGAUGGUGGGAGCAGAGCGGGGCCGAUGCUGAUCCCGCAGGGCGCAGCGGGGCGGAAGGAGGGCAGGGAGGGAGCCGGGGAGCGCCGUCCCCUGCCCAUGUGCUUACCGGGGCAGGGGUCCCAGCAAGGACUCCCCCUCCCCGGGCUGGUGCGGAGCAGCUGGGGGUCCCAAGGGGGCACUGCUGGGCCCCCUGUUCCCCCCUGGCAGGUGGGGUGCCCGGGUGCAGCACAGCCUGCCCCCCCAGCCUGGCAGAGGGAGCACUUACUGCACAGCCCAUUCUCGGGGGGCAGGAGGAAGGGAAUAUUUAAGCAGGUCACCCCCCAGCCUGAUGCACAUUCGUGGGGUUCCGGCCAGGGUGGCUGGUGCAUGGCAUGGGGUCAGGAAGCCUCAGCGGGAUGCUCUUAAGAGUUGAUGCCAGGCUCUGUGCAAGGUGGAGGAAUGGCUCCUUCCCACAGCCAGCAAGCCCCCCCUGACCCCGUGCGUCCUCCCUGCAGCCUGCCCAGCCAUGGCAGCCUUGCUGAGCCGCCCCUGCUUCAUCUCCCUCCACAUGCCCUACAGGCAGGGCUGGGCCCAGGACCUGGUCAACACCUUUCGCUUCCAGCCGGUGGCCAUGCGGGAGACACCACGAGUCCGGCAGCUGGCCUUGCGACAGGGAUCUGCCAUCUUCCUUGUCAACGAGCGCCUGGCGCUGGGGCCCACCAGCAUCUCCUCCCGCGAUUUCCUCUACGAUGUGGACCCCUGGCCCGCCUUGGGCACAGCCUCCAACAUCUGCUUCGAGGUGGACGACGUGCCGGGGCUCUGCAAGCAGCUGCAAAGCCGGGGAUGCUCCCUGCCGGUGCCCCCCACCGAGGUGAGGGAUGACGGUGGCUCUGUCACCUACGGCGUGGUGAGCUCCAUCGUGGGCAACAUCAGCCAUACCCUUCUGGACAGAUCCCGCUACCGGGGACCCUUCCUGCCCGGCUUCCAGCCCAUCCAAGGAGCCCCCUUGGCCACAGGGGAUGGGAUUGCGAUCACCCACUUUGACCACAUCACGUAUGUCUGCCCGCCGGGCGGCGCCCGGGCAGCUCUGGACUGGUACCAGUGCUGCUUCGGCUUCCGACGCUUCCUGCUGAACCCGCGGGAGAGGCCAGCUGAGGGGUACGUGCUCGGUGGGCAGGGGGUGGGCAUGCUGCUCCUCGCGCUGCAAAGCGCCCAGGGUGCCCCAGCACACGGCUGCAAGCUCGUCCUCGCUGAGUCCCUCUCGGAGAACGGCACCAACCAAGUCGACACCUUCCUAGAACAGCACGGUGGUGCCGGGAUCCAGCACGUUGGCCUCCGCACCACCGAUAUCGUUGCCACAACCAGGGCUUUGCAGCAGGGGGGUGCACGGUUCUUCACACCCCCUGCUGCCUAUUAUAGCCAGGGGGGCAAAGCAGAGGAGAUCCGGGGGGCUGGGCAGGACCCCCACACGCUGGCAGAGCUGGGCAUCCUGCUAGACACCACAGCGCCCAGGGACAAGGACCAGCCGGGUGCUGAUGCCAUAGAGAGCCCUUCCCAGGAGUAUUUGAUGCAGAUCUUCACCCAUCCCAUCUUCUCCGAGGACACCUUCUUCCUGGAGCUCAUUGACCGUCGGGGAGCGCCGGGCUUCGGGGAAGGCAAUAUACGGGCACUGUGGAAAGCUGUGCAGGUCUAUAUGGACCAGCAGCAGUAGUGGCAACACUGCAACCCUCCUCCUUCAGCUCCCCGUCCUCCCCGGUCCAACCCUGGGGCAAUACGCUGCUGUAGAGAUACCAGCGGGUGCCUGCGGCAUGGCCCCGGUGGGCAGGGACCAAGGGAGGUCUCCAGGUCAACCCAGAGCCAACGUCAGCGUGACAGCAGGUUGCUUGGAGCCAGGUGUAAUGGGACUCUGAGCAUUCCCUGGGAUGGGGGGCAAUUUCUCCCCCUCCCUGGGUUCCCAGUGAGUUAUUGGCCUCACGUGAAGAACUUUCUGCCUUAAUUUUGUCUUAAUCUGAUCAGACUUGUGCCUGUAGCAUGGCCAAGUACACUGCUGUCAGAGCAACACCCCCAGCUGUAGAGGAGAUGAGGAGCUGCCAGAGGGGAGUGGAUAACCCAGGGUCCAUGGACACCACCCAGAGCAUGGCCAGCCCCUGUGUGGGGCAAGUGAUGGCCUCUUGCUCCUCCCAAUUAAAGAAUUAACCUGCAA